CCGAGAACUGCCUUUCUAGAAGAAUCCUUGCCAAACAAUACCUUACUGUGGUAAACCUCUCGACAACGAUAGACCCAACCUGAAGCAAGCGGCCAAGCUUUCACCUGCCUCUUCCCACACUGUCCCUACCCUCAACAACACCAACACCUCCGAAAUGCCUAUAUCCUACGAUAAAUGGGAUCGACUCGAGGUCUCAGACGACUCCGACGUCGAGGUACACCCCAAUGUCGACACCAAGAGUUUCAUUCGAGCAAAGCAACGUCAAAUCCAUGAGCAACGAGCCCAGCGCAAGCACGAAAUAGAGACCCUCAAGUAUGAACGUAUCAUCAACGACGGCCUGUUAGAGCGUAUAAAUGCUCUGUUAGAUGCCCUCAAGAAGCAUCAAGAAGAUGCCGCAACCAAGAACCCAGACGAGCUUGUCUUCCAGUCUCUGAUUGAAAGCGCAGGUGACCCGGCCAAAGAUGAACCUCCCAAACCCCCGGAGGGUGUCUAUACCCAUCAGAAAGAGCCCCAACCACGCUACUCUAAGAUGAUGGGAGCCCUUGUGGACCAAGUCAAGAAAGAAGUCGACGAGAAGAACUCACCUGACCGGUACAAGGACUUUGUCGAAGGAGUCAAUGGCCACCUCACCAAAGUUCAGAAGUUGCAGCAAGACUUAUUGACACGACUGGCGCAGCUUGAAAAGGAGGCCACGGCGAAGAUUACAAGCGAGGACUUACACGAGGGUUUCAGCUACUCUUCUGUGAACAAACCUAAACAUGCGUCCGCGAAAUCGGAGAAGCCCAGGGAGCCGGCCAAGACAGAGACUGUCGAACUGCUUAAUGCACCGAAGGGCUUAAGCUCCAAGACAAGGGAUGCCCUGAAGUCCCCGGAUGAGGCUGUCUCUUCGGGUGCCGAAGCAGAUGUGGAAGAUGAUGCACUGACCAACAAACACGAAGACGAGGAGGAUGAGGCCAGCCUUAAACUCACGCCAGCAGGCAAGCAAUUUGCCAAGAUCAAACUGGGCGAUUACAGGACAUGUCUACAGUUCAUCUCAGAGCAUCCUGAAAUCGUCAACGAGCAUACACAGGACGCUCUGAUGAUAGAGGCAUUCAAUGCACAGAUGAAAGGCCAGGAUACUUAUGCCAAAGGUUGUGUGCAUCAGAGCUUGCUCAUCCAAUACUGCCGUCAACUUGGCCGCGACGGCGUGGGCUUAUUCUUCAAACGUAUCACGACCAAAGGUCACCAAGCUCAACAAGUGUUUAGCAAAGACCUCGCCGAAACCUACGAACGGAUCAAAACUCGAGCCGCAGAACUCAGCAAAGAGGAGGGCACGGAUCCGGCCGGUGUCGAACAAAUCCAGUUGCAUGCUGUUGAGCCUGGAACCGAGAUCCACAUCAAUGUGCCGCAAGCUGGCUCGGAAGACCCUAUUGAGCAACAAUCGAGAGAGAUCUUCGAACGCUUCCCACCUGGACUUCAACGUGCGCUGGAAAGUGGCAGCCUAGAUGAAGUCAACGUCGUGCUCGGAAAGAUGAGUGUAGACGAGGCUGAAGAGAUUGUGGAGCUUUUGGGACAGGGAGGCAUGCUGAGUUUGCAGGAAGGAGUCAUUGACGCGACUAAUGAGGAAGGGCAGAAGAGGCUGCAGGAGAUUGAGGAGGAAGAGAGACGAAAGAAGGCCGAGAAAGGUCAACCAAUCCAGGAAGACGAGCCUGGCGAGGCUGUCGAGGCAUAGACACUGGGGCACCCAGGGGCAAUUUUUCUUUGAUGAUGUGAUUGUGGAAGAUACGUACUCCGUAUACCACCCGAAUACCCAGGUACGCCCCGUCUGUUCGAGUAACAAGGAAUGACAAAAGCCCUGCUUUUAUUUUCAUCCUC